AUGGAUUUGCCAGCUAAACUUACAAAACUGAAUUUCAUUCGUCAAAAGACCUUUGAGGAAGAAGAAAUAAAAAACACAAGAGAUGACAUCGUUUCCUUGAUUAAGGAAUCGUCACAAAAAGCUCUUAUUAACGGCUUUGGAAACAAUUCUAAGCUUCUGGAAAGAAAAAAUGCUCAAAAAUUCAAUAGCUUGCUGUCAAGUAACUCCAUUCAACGGAAAUUAGAUAUUUUUGAUACUUUUAUAAAAUAUCCAGCCGUAAGCAGCAUUGAUAUAAAUAUCCCAACCACAAUUGUCAGAAAUGAGAAUUUCCCUUCAAAUUUAGUUCAGACAGCAAAAACUGGAAAAGUUGUUACCAGGCCUUGCAGUGAGGAAGAAUAUUAUAACAUAGAAACUGAGUAUGAAGAAAAUGCCCCACUUUACAUCUAUAAAGCACUAAACAAAGAAGGAGAUCUUAUGCACUCAAAAGAGUCUGCAAAAACUGUUUGAAAUUCUUCCAAGGAGACUGCCAAAAUGCAGCAUUACAUUCUGAGUUUUUCAAACCCUGCAUCUAUUAUAAGGGUUUUGUGAGUAGAUGGAGCCAAGACAAAAUAUUUUUCUAUUAUUAACUAUAAAAAGCUCAGUCGAAAAGUGAAGACUGAGCCUAAGCCUGCAGCUGUCGAUCCUGGAUUCGCUCAAAAGAGGAGGCUCUCUACUUUUGAUUAUAGGACACUGCUAAACAAAUCUUCUCAAUCUAUAAACAACCCUUUCAAGGUAAAAAAGAGAAAUAAAAUGGUGAUGUCGACGGAAAUUGGACUCCGAGGCUCACCUCCUAUGGAGCUGGUAGGACCCAUUGCUGAUGAAGCUGAAGAUGCAGGUCUCAUUUCUGUCCUAAGUAGGCCUUCAGUUGUGGGGAAAGCCGUGCCGAAGAGGAAGUUUUAUUUCUCCCCCGAAGGUUUUCCCUGUCCCUGCCAGACGGGCUAGACAGGUUUUUCCUACCACAUGGUCUUCCUUCAUCGGGACCAUCGGGGCACUCAGACAGAAGUGGCUCUGCCCAAAGGAGCUGAUCUUUGGACAGGUGGUUUUGACCAGAAAUCAAGAUGGCGUCUGGCCUGGGAGUAUGGCCACAUCAGAACCCGACCGGGGGUCGUCUUUCGAGCUGAGGUGUUGAGGUCAGUGGCUCAGCCGCUUAUGGCCUUACAAAACUAACUUAACAAGGUAAAAAGUGAAAAAGAGUCAGUCUUAAUACCAAAAGGGAGAUCAAAGUCGUUUUCUUAUAGUACAUCUGAAGAAUUUUAUGCUAGUAUUAAUCCCCCCAAAGAGACAAAAAAUAAUUUAUUUACUCAAAUUAGUAAAGACAAUAGUAAUGAAUUUUUAGUAAAUCCAAAAAACCCUGAAAAAUGUUUUGUUGUUGAGACCAAAGGGCAAUUUCCUGAAAUUAGCGCUAUGACUGCCAAAAUCAUUGAGUUUUUAAAUAAAUAUCCUUUUAAAGAUAAUUAUAUCAAUGGAAUUGUGCUUGAUUUUAUACAAAACAGGGAUAAAAAAUGAUUUUUGCUCAAAUGCAAAGAAUUUGCAAACAGUUUAAAUACAAGCUUAAGAAGAUCUCAGCCUAUUAAAAUUCCUGAAACAAUAAGCAUAUGCUUUAGAAGACAAAGAAACAAAUAUAGUAGUCUGGAUAAUUCUAAAGUAGAAGAAUUUAUUGUUGAAGCUCCAGAACAAGAUUUAAACAAAAGUGUGGUAAAAUCUACGAACUCUUUAGCUGGGUUAUAUAGAAAUAAAUCGAAUCCCAAACCUAUACCUGAAAAUGAGCUUUAUGAUAAAUGCUAUACAUUAAACGAAAGAUCAGAUAAAAUCGCCAAUAAUGAAGGCGAAAUGAGCAUAAAUUCAAUGUCUACAGCACCUCAAAAAUGCCCAUUUUAUUUUGCAGACUCAAGCCCUAUGUCAUGUCUAUUUAGCUCAGUAAGAAGAAAAAAUCCCCUUAUAAUUAAUCAUCCAACUGAAAUUUUCGCAAAAGCAAAAAAACCAUCAUUUUCUACAAUGGUUGAUACUUUUGUAAAAAAUCAUAUCAAUACCAUUGUUGAUAAUUUAGACGAAAUGAAUCUAAGCACACAAGCGACAAAAGUUAAAAACGAAAAUUUAGUAGAAAAAUACGGCGGUAAACCAUUUUGGGACCAAUUCAUCUUUUCGCUUUGCAAUAAAAUUCUUGAAAAUAAUUCUCUCAUCAAAUAUUUUAAAUGUGCAAAACUUGAAAAUUUUACAAUGAUUGUUUCUGGGAUGUUUAAUUUAUUUAAUGGAACAAUUGAUCCUAAGUUCAGAAGAAGAAUAAGAGCUGCUCAUCAACCUUUGGAGCUCUCUGAAAAAGAGUUUAAUAGUUUCAGCGAUAUUUACGAAAGCACACUGGUAGAAUUCCAAAUAAAAGAGCUUGAUAAAAGCAUUAUGAUGGCGCAAAUCAGGUCAUUGAAGACUUUGGUAUGCAAACAAGGAACUGAUUAA